AUGUCAUUCUCCUCAUCCUCAAAUUCUAUCAUAUCUUCCUCACCUCUUUGUUCAACCUUUAAACUACCCGAACGUGCAUAUGGGCACCUCAGCGAUCUUCCUCCUAUCAAUUGGGAUCUGAUACAUGAUCACAACUCAGAGCACAAGACUCACCCUGAAUUGAUGAAGGAGAUUGACGAAAUGCAACACGAGUUUUGGAAGGCAAAGACACUGGUAGAAAGAGCCGUUAAUGUGGUGGAUGCAGCAAAUGCCCAGUUGGCAUUGGGAGGAAUGUAUGUGUCUAAAUCACAGACACAACUUCUAGUGCGGGAGGAAUUGGAAAAGUCAAAAGAGAAAGAGGAAGGUGGACGUAUCAAGGGAACGUUCAGCCGCAUUGUGACACAUGAAGGUUUUUUGAGGGAUCAAGCUGAGCGCACUCAAUGGAGGCUGGAUGAGGCUGAGCUGGAGAAGCUGAAGGAGGAGGCCAAGGAGGGAUGGAGAACGUUCAAUAGCAGAGGUGGCGAAAUGGUGAGAGGAAAAAGCACGCUUAGUUGCGAUCAAACAAAGAGUGCCAGCAAAGCCAUCGGAAAUCCGAAUGAGGGGUUGGAUGGCUCAGAAUUAUCCACAGCUCCAGCAGAACAAGCCCCCUGCAAUGCUGGAGGUGCCAGGGUGUGCUGA